AUUUUCUCUGCUCUUUCCCUUAACUUUGCUACAUCUCUUUUCCCUAUCUACUUCUUAAAAAUGGAAUACCAACCUUUGGUAGGUUCAAGCAUUAAUGAAAAUGUUAUUUUGGAAGAAGUUUUGAGUACUCAUGAUCCUGAUGGCAAAGGUUUUAAAACAAGUUAUGUCCUCAAUUUCGUGAAAAAGAUUCUCUUUUCAAUCCAUAUCAUGAUUGUUGGAGAAAUCGUUCAUGAAGAUGAGGACUCUGAAGAUGAUGAGAAGUCUGAUGAGGAAGAAAGUGAUGACAAAAAGUCAAAUGAGGAGGAAUUUGAUGAGGAGCCUAAAGACAUGGAACUUUCCUAUCAAAUCAAGAGGUUUUCCUUUGAGUCCUGUGAAGAUGUAUUUGGCUUCAGAACCAAAUGAUUGUCGAGGCUUGAUUUGUUUGGAGGAUU